AUGCAUACCAACGGCCUGUACACCGCACUUUUGUGCUCUUUGGCUGCUUCAGCCCAAGCUGUCGUUCACGAAAAGCUGGCCGCCGUCCCUUCCAGCUGGAGCUACCUUGAGGACGCUGCCGAUGGCAACACCAUUAGCCUCUCAAUUGCUCUGACGCGUCAGAAUCUGGACAAGCUCGAAGCGAAGCUCACUGCACUUGCUACCCCAGGCGAGUCCCAGUACGGCCAAUGGCUGGACUUGGAGGACAUCAACAAGGAGUUUCCCGUGUCCAGCGCCGAUGCCGUCAUCAGCUGGCUGCGCAACGCCAACAUCACUCAGAUUUCGCAAGAUGGCAGUCUGGUGAACUUCGCUGCACCCGUUGCUACGGUGAACAAGCUCCUCAACACCACCUUUGCCUACUACCAGAGUGGUUCCUCCACGAAGCUACGCACAACCCAGUACUCCAUCCCCGAGAGCUUGGUCGAGACAAUUGAUUUGAUCUCUCCCACGACCUAUUUCGGCAAGGACAACACCAAGGCGGAUUUGUCGCAAUUCACGAAGCCGCUGUCGACGCACACGAAGAGAAGCUCCAACUCUUCCUGCGCCGAAUUGAUCACUCUUUCCUGCCUCAAGGAGAUGUACAACUUCGGCAGCUACAUUCCCAGUGCCUCGUCGGGCAGUAAGAUUGGCUUCGGAAACUUCUUGAACGAGUCUGCUUCUUACUCCGAUCUUGCUGCUUAUGAGAAGUACAACCACCUCCCCUACCAGGAAUUCGAUGUCGAGCUCAUCAACGGCGGUGUCAACGAUCAAAAUGCCACGACCGAGGAGCUGGGCGAGGCUGAUUUGGACGUCGAGCUGAUCGUUGGUGUCUCCCACCCUCUGCCGGUGACUGCGUUCAUCACUGGUGGUCUUGCUCCUUUCAUCCCCGAUCCCGAUGAGCCCACUGAGGCGGACGACUCGAACGAGCCCUACCUCCCGUACUACGAGUAUCUCCUGUCGAAGCCCAACUCGGCUCUUCCCCAGGUCAUCUCCAACUCCUACGGUGAUGAUGAGCAGACUGUUCCCGAGUACUACGCCAAGCGCGUCUGCAACCUGAUUGGCCUGAUGGGUCUCCGCGGUAUCUCGAUCAUCGAGUCCUCCGGCGACGAAGGUAUCGGCUCCGCCUGCCGUGCCGGAGACGGCAGCAACCGCCCCCAAUUCCAGCCUAUCUUCCCGGCCACCUGCCCCUACGUGACCGCCGUCGGUGGUACGCAGUCCUACGGCCCCGAGAUUGCCUGGACCGGCAGCUCCGGCGGCUUCAGCAACUACUUCGAGCAGGCGUGGUACCAGCACGACGCGGUGGAGAAUUACCUAUCCCACCACAUCACCAAGGAAACCAAGAAGUACUACUCGCAGUACGCCAACUUCAGCGGCCGCGCGUUCCCUGAUGUUUCCACUCACAGCUAUGAUCCUCCAUACGUCGUCCUCGAAUACAACCAAACCGUCGGCACGGGCGGUACCUCAGCCGCGGCCCCCGUCUUCGCUGCCCUGGUUGGCCUCCUCAACGACGCUCGCCUGCGCGCCGGCAAGCCUGCUCUCGGAUACCUGAAUCCCCUGCUCUACAGCAAGGAUAUCAGCAAGCGUUUUACCGAUGUGACGCUCGGUCAGUCGGUUGGCUGUGAUGGUAUUGACCCUCAGAGCGGUGAGACCGUUCCUGGUGCUGGCAUUAUCCCCUGGGCGAACUGGAACGCCACGGUCGGAUGGGAUCCGGUGACUGGUCUUGGAUUGCCGGACUUUGAGAAGUUGAAGGAGGCGGUGCUGAAGUACUAGUCUUGAUGAAAUGCUUGUAAAAUUAGUUAUUC